AUGAUGAUGGGGUUCAUGAUGGGGAAGAGGAAGGAGCUGGAGCAGGUGGUCGACGGCCUCUGCGACUUCUCCCUCUCCGGCCCCGCCGCCAAGUGCCGCCGGCUGGACCCUGGUCUCCCACCUAGUUUGGAAGAAGAACCACCGUGUCCUUCCAUCCCAUAUCAACAUCAGAUGCUAGGAGAGGAAAUCAGCAGUGGUGCUAACAUGCCCAUUGUGGAAGAUAUGAUAGAAGUUGCCAUGCCAUCUCAUCUGUCUAGCGAGGACAAGGCACUUGUUAUAUACAAGCCAGUAAACAAGCCUACCCUCUUUGGUCUCAGUAUCGCAAACCCUUCAAUCAUAGUCAGUUCAGACUUGAUACGUGGAUUAAAGAAUCAACCUUUCAAUCAGGGGAACUGUCAUGGGCUGGAGGACAAUUCUCCUGAGCGCAGCAAUUGCUUGGCCUUAGUUCCUUGGUCGCCACAGCGGAUUGCCAUGACAUCUGAUUGGUCCGCAUCCCCACCAGAAAGCACACAAAAUGUUGAAGAGCCAAUGGACGCUGAUGAGACAGAAGUUAUUUCUAUGGACUUUGAGGAAGCGCCUCAAGCAACUCCGAGGGGAAUCGACGUGGAUAACAUUCACCAGUGGCACCAGCACUGCAUGAACCCGCCAUCGCUGCCAAACCCGUCAGCGCCAGUCAUGUGGUCGUGGUGA